CUUCCAGCAUAUUAAGCUUUUCCGUAAUCUCGUGAUCUUUGGUCUCGUAUUUCCAAACCCUGCGCAAUCUGGCCCGCGCCAAAUCUCCCAGGAUUUUUUUUCGUUGCUUACCCGCAUAGCUCGCGCCGAAGCUGCAGCGUACAAAAAAGUCCACCGCACUGCCUCGGUUAUCAUAUCGCGCCUGCCCCGCACCGCCCACUUUCUCUCUCCCCACUGGGUGACUCUUCUCUUUUUCAAUUUGCUGAUUCUAUUCUCCUCGCACUAAUUUUCUUGUAAAUGGCUAUAAAGGCAAAGGGACCACUGGGCCAGCUGGGCGUUCUGGCCCGCACCAUCAUACAGAAGCCGUCGGAGGUGCGGCCCCUGGGCAAGCUGGCUGUGCAUGCCGCCAAGGCUGCGCACCUAAUGGAGUCUGCUGCGAUUGGGCCGCGAGACCCAGUCCCGGGAUCGCAGGCAUCGUUGGUGGACGAGCUCAAGCGGCCUUUCAAUGCGAGCUCGAUCCAGGCACCGGAAAAGAUCACGGCGCACGACUGGCACAGCGCCCUCGACAAUGCGUCCCAGGUGGUCGGUGAUAAGGACAAGAGUCUUGCCGACCCGAAGGAUCUGGUGGGUGCCGAGCUCUCAUUCAUGACUGAUAACCUGGCUAGGCUUUUGGAGAGCGGACAUCCGAUGCUAAACACAGUCUCGCAAUAUUAUUUCUCAGCGUCAGGCAAGCAUAUCCGGCCGCUUCUGGUGCUGCUGGUGGCCCAGGCGACCAGCAUUGCCACAAAGCGCCAGGGCAUGUCAUCAAUGCUGGUUGGCUCGUCUGAUGUUGAUUAUUCGCUGAUCGAUCGGGCGGUCUCCAAGAAUAUCCAGAGCGACCUUGAGUCUCAUGAGAUGAACCAGUUGAUUGAGAGCGCGGCGCGUGGGGCCAACGGCGGGCUGACAGUUCUCCCGACGCACCGGCGGCUGGCUGAGAUCACCGAGAUGAUCCAUACAUCAUCGCUCCUGCACGACGACGUUAUUGAUCAGGCAGAGACCCGGCGUGGACUGCCGGCGAUUCAGCAGGCGUUUGGCAACAAAAUGGCCAUUUUCGCCGGCGACUUUUUGCUGGCCAGAGCAUCCAUGGGGCUGGCGCGACUGCGUGAUCCCGAGGUCAUUGAGAUCAUGGCUAGUGUGCUGUCGGACCUCGUUGACGGCGAGUUCAAACAGCUCAAGAACUUGGAGGAUGAGGGCGCGCCUAUGGCCAAGCCCGAUGACCGCGCCUUCGAGUACUACCUGGAGAAGACAUAUCUGAAGACGGGUAGUUUGAUUGCCAAGAGCUGCCGGGCAUCAGCCGUGCUGAGCAAUGCUACAGACGAUGUUGUCGAGGCCGCCUACAUCUAUGGCCGCAACCUGGGCAUUGGUUUCCAGCUGAUUGACGACCUGCUUGACUUCACUGUCAGCGCCAAGGAGUUUGGUAAGCCUGUAGGUGCUGAUCUGGAGCUUGGUCUGGCGACAGCCCCGGUUCUGUAUGCCUGGCAAGAGUACCCAGAGCUGGGCCCCUUGGUGGCCCGGAAGUUCUCUAAUGAGGGCGAUGUGCCGAUGGCGUGGGAGCUGGUGCACAAGAGUCAGGGCCUGGAGCGCACAAAACUACUGGCCCAGAUGUACGUUGAUCGGGCACGGGAGGCGCUGGAGGUAUUCCCGCCAUCGCAGGCCAGAGAGGCCCUGGAGCGUGUGACGCAGUCGGUGGUCACCAGGACAAAGUAACAGCACAUCUUAGAGACUGCCACAAAGCUUCACUUUUCAUAUAAAUACCCGGA